AAAACCAACCAUCAUUUUCUCAUCAGCCAAAGCAGAAAUAAUAUAUAUUUAUGAUCUUUUAAAACUUGGUUUAUGUGUUUGUUGAGAUUUGCAUCUGAUUGACACAGCAAGACUGAUUUGAUUUUUUAAGAGGCUUUGUACUGCAGCUAAUGUUGGAUGCGUAUAAGCAUGGCCUAAGCAUAAGUGUGUCAAGCAAGAGUCACUUGUAAUCUAUGUUUCAUAUUUGUUAAGACUAACAAAGACUUUCAGAUGCUUAAGAAACAUGAUAGUCUGUGAAGAGGGACAAGAGCAGAGAAAGAGACAAAACUGGACAAGUCAAAAAAGGGUUGACAUAAUGCAGCAUAUGAUCGCUCCAGAUCUACCAUUAAAGAACAGAUCUCGGUUCAGUGACUUCUGCAAACCGUCUAGACCCAUGUGGGUUGUCCAAAGUCUAUCUAUACCUUGAGGCUAUUUGUUCUAUAUUCAACUUAUUUAUGUGUGUUAUGUUUCUUUUGUGUUCUUCUCUGAAGCUUCCUUCGUGGACUUCUGCUGUUUUUUUCUAACUUUGGAAUAGUUUUUGUAUAUUUCUGGACACAGAGAUCGCAAAUUCUUUUUUUCUUAAAUGGAAGGUUCCAUGAACAAGCGAGGAUACGAGUGCAGUCAAGAGGAUACAGACAAGUUGCCAGAAUCAAAGAGACAGAAAGUGCCUGCUUUGGCAAGUGUUAUUGUGGAAGCUGUCAAGGUAGAUAGUUUGCAGAGGCUUUGCUCGUCUUUAGAGCCAUUGUUUCGCAAAAUUGUUAGUGAAGAGGUGGAACGAGCCUUAUCAAGGUUGGGAAAUACAAAGUUAACAUCGAGGUCACCUGAACCAAAGAGGAUCCAAGACCGUGAUGGAAGAAACCUGCAACUUCACUUUAGGACACGAAUGCCUCCUCACUUAUUCACAGGUGGGAAAGUCGAGGGAGAGCGAGGCUCGGCAAUUCAUGUGGUUCUUAUAGAUGCAAACACAGGAAAUGUAGUCCAAACAGGAGAAGAGUCAGCUUCAAAGCUGAAUGUUGUAGUGUUAGAAGGAGACUUCAAUGAUGAAGAUGAUGAGGACUGGACGAGAGAGCACUUUGAAAGCUUUGAAGUGAAAGAGCGAGAAGGGAAACGCCCAAUCUUAACCGGUGACACACAGGUGAUGAUUAAGGAAGGUGUGGGAAGUUUAGGAGAACUUACUUUUACCGACAACUCCAGCUGGAUAAGGAGUAGAAAGUUUAGGCUGGGUGUUAAGCCGGCCCCAGGGUAUGGUGAUAGCUUUCUCAUUCGUGAAGCCAAAACAGAACCAUUUGCUGUCAAAGAUCAUAGAGGAGAACGUGAGUUUUACCUUUUAUUGUGUUGACAAGUAGAGAGUUCUUAAUACUGACUUGUGUCUGUCAUC